UUAUGUACUAAGUACUUCAUAAACAAUUUCAAUUCUACCGAAAAUUUUCACAGUGACAAGAUGAUUUUCGUUCUAUUUUCCAUAUUAAUUAUUUCUAUCGGUGUUAAAUCGGCCAACUUAGGGAGAAAUAUUGAGACGUCUUCUGAGACACUUGGUUGUUUAAAUUGCUACUCAACGGAUGAAGGCAAAAUAAAUGUUCAUCUGGUACCACAUUCUCACGACGAUGUGGGAUGGUUAAAGACUGUGGAUCAGUAUUUCUAUGGAUUGAAACCAGAUAUACACAGGGCUUCUGUGCAGAACAUAAUCAAUUCAGUCGUUGAGGCAUUACUGGAAAACUCUAACAGAAGGUUCGUUCAAGUCGAAACGGCAUUUUUCUGGAAAUGGUGGACCACUCAAAAUGAUGAUAUGAAAUUAAAAUUCAAAUAUUUGGUCGACAAUGGACAAAUAGAAAUGGUAAAUGGAGCAUGGUCAAUGAAUGACGAAGCUUGUACCAAUUAUCAAUCUACAAUUGACCAGUUUACUUGGGGAUUACGUACUAUCAACGAUACCAUUGGUCUUUGUGGUAUUCCCAGAAUAGGAUGGCAAAUAGACCCUUUCGGACACAGCAGAGAACAAGCUUCAAUUUUUGCGCAGUUGGGAUAUGACGGAGUAUUCUUUUCAAGACUGGAUCAUGCUGAUAGAGAGAAAAGAAAUUCGGAAGGCAAUCUGAAUUUUGCCUGGCAAGGAAGUGCAAAUUUAGAUGACAGUGUAAUAUUUGGUGGGAUCUUUCCAUUUGAUGGAUAUUCCGCUCCUCCGGGAUUUUGCUGGGAUUACAAGUGUAACGAUGAUCCAGUAUAUGCCGAUACAGAAAGUCCAGAAUACAAUAUAGACAAGCUUGUUGCAAAUUUUGUAAAUAUUACAAAAACUUAUGCUCAGUAUUAUCCGUCAAAUCAUAUUUUAAUUGCAAUGGGUGAAGAUUUUUAUUAUGAAGCUGCCCAUAAAAAUUUUAUUAAUAUGGACAGAUUUAUUAAAGCAUUCCAAGGGAAUCCGGAGAUACAUGUGUUAUAUUCUACUCCGUCUUGCUACAUUAAAGCAGUUAAUGAUGUGAAACCUGAACUAAAGCUUAAAACAGAUGAUUUCUUUCCUUACAGUGACAAGAAACAUUCAUUCUGGACGGGAUAUUUUACUUCUAGACCAAACUCUAAACGGUUUGAAAGAGUAGGACACAAUAUAUUACAAGCUACAAAACAGCUCGUAGCCUUAAAUGGAUUAGAAGGAAGCGACUAUAACAAUAAUGUAAAGUCUUUGGAAAAAUUGCGUGAUAUUAUGGGCAUUAUGCAACACCACGACGCUAUUACCGGUACAGAGAGGCAACUUGUAACUAAUGACUAUGUCAAACAACUUACACGAGCCAUAGAAGAGGCUGAGGCACCUAUUGGGAACAUAAUAGGGGAACUCUUGAAGCUCAAUCAAAAUGAAACCCUCGACUUAAACCUAAAUAUUUCGUCAUGUUUGCUCACAAACGUUAGUAUAUGCAGCAUUUCACAAAGUUCUGAAAACUUUUUAGUAGUUGCUUACAAUCCUUUAGCAUGGACAAUUACCCAUUACAUCAGAUUACCGGUUCCAAAUGCUACCUACAAAGUUGAAGGACCAGAUGGAGAAGAAAACUACGACAUUGUAAGUCCAAUAUCAUACUUUAAGACAAAUAUGAGCAAGCAGUCAAGUGAAAGUGAAAUCGUGUUUCCUGCAAAAGAUAUUCCACCUUUGGGUAUAAAAAUGUUUUACGUCAGUAAAACUGGUGAUGCCUCUAAACAUGAAAUCUAUCCAGCUCUGAGUGAAGAUGACAACUUUUUCUUCGGUGAUGAAGACGUUGGAUUCCAAAUUGAUAACGAAACAAAUCUUCUAAAGUCCGUCACAAUGAACGGAAUAUCUGUAGACAUCACCCAAAACUUCUACUAUUACAAAAGUGAAACUGGACAAUUCGAUGAAUCAAAUGCCGCCUCAGGGGCUUACAUCUUCCGGCCUACUAAAUUAUCCCCAGAUCCCCUUGUCGGUAAAGUAAUCAAUGCGGGUAUUAUAAGGACAACCAAUAUUGAAGAAUUCCACCAAAAAUGGAGUGAUAACAAGGUGAAUGUUUCACAAAUCAUCAGAGUUUACAAAAGUGAAAAAUACAUUGAAUUCGACUGGCUUGUCGGUGGGAUAAACGUACUUGAUGAGAGAGGUAGAGAAGUAAUUAGCAAAUACACGGCGCCAGAAUUUGAAAAUUAUAAUAUAUUUUAUACCGAUUCCAAUGGACGGGAAAUGAUUAGAAGAGAACUGAAUAUCCGAUCAGAUUACACGUAUAAUGCAACAGAGGACCCAGUCGCAAGUAACUACUAUCCUGUAACUUCAAGAAUACUGAUAAAGGAUGAAAAUAGGGAUGUGGAAAUAGCCCUUCUCACAGACAGGUCUCAGGGUGGAUCCAGUAUGGAAAAUGGUCAAAUAGAAUUAAUGAUCCAUAGAAGAAUUAUGCACGAUGACCAUAAAGGGUUGGUCGAAAGCCUCAAUGAGAUGGAGUUUGGAAGUGGUGUCUAUGUUCGUGGUUCGCAUUAUCUAAUAAUUGGCUCUGCUGCAAAGAGUAAUCCAGAUGGUAAAACCAGUGCAGCACAACAGCGUAUUUUGGCCCAAAAAAAACUUGUUCAACCAUGGAUAGGAGUUGGAAAUGUUGACAGCGUUUCAUUGGACACUAUUAAACAAAAAUUAAAACUUUCGUAUACUGCUCUCUCCAAAUCCCUUCCUGAAAAUAUUAACAUCUUGACUUACGAACCUUGGAAAAACGACACUUAUCUUCUAAGAUUUGAGCAUAUUUUGGAGCAACAAGACGACUCCGUUUUAUCGAACGUUACUACAGUAGAAGUCAAUAAUCUAUUCAACAAAUUUAAAAUUAAGGAAAUGACUGAAACUACCCUAGGGGCCAAUGAGCUAUUAGAAGAUUACAAACAAAGAUCGAAGUACGUCUGGAAUACUGUUGGUGAAAAAAUGCACGUUAUUUUCCCUGUAAACGACAGUUCAGAAGGGAAAAUUUCUUUAACACCAAUGCAAAUACGAACGUUCGUCGUAAAGGUGGCGAUGUCAUCUAAUUUAUCCCACAAAGCUUCAUCGAUAUUGGUAUCUGUAACCUUAUCCUUAUCCUUAAUACUAUUGUAUUUAUUGAAAUAGUAAUUUUAUACAUAUAAUUUUUUCAUUAUAUAGCAGA